AAUGAUGAUGAAUUCAUUUCAAUAAUAAUGAUGAUGACUCUCCUCCUCUGUCUCCUCUCCUCAGGAGAAGAUGAUCUCCAGGAUCCUGCUGCUCAUCAUCAUCAACUCAUGUCUCUGUGCAGCAACAUUUGUAGUGAAUGUGACACAGAGCUCCUAUCAGGCAGAGGAGAACCACAACAUCACUCUGGAGUGGACCUUCACCACCAGACCCAACAGAACCUGGACACAACUGUUUAUAUUAUGUGAACUAUUAGCUCCUCCCAAUUCCUCUGUCCUCUAUCAUGUCCAUGAUGGUGUUGAGGUGUCAAAGUCUCAGGAUGAACAUUUUUCAGGACGAGUCCAGAGUGACAAAGACGUCCUCAGAGAAGGACGAAUCAGACUCCAUGUGUCCAGACUGAGGACUGAAGACUCUGGUCUGUAUCUCUGUGAUGUAAAGACUGAUGAUGGCUUCAACUCUGGAAGAUGUUACCUUAACGUCUCUGGAGAAGAUGAUCUCCAGGAUCCUGCUGCUCAUCAUCAUCAACUCAUGUCUCUGUGCAGCAACAUUUGUAGUGAAUGUGACACAGAGCUCCUAUCAGGCAGAGGAGAACCACAACAUCACUCUGGAGUGGACCUUCACCACCAGACCCAGCAGCACCUGGACACAACUGUUUAUCCUCUGUGAACUAUUAGCUCCUCCCAGAGCCUCAGUCCUCUAUCAUGUCCAUGAUGGUGUUGAGGUGUCAAAGUCUCAGGAUGAACAGUUUUCAGGACGAGUCCAGAGUGACAAAGACGUCCUCAGAGAAGGACCAAUCAGACUCCAUGUGUCCAGACUGAGGACUGAAGACUCUGGUCUGUAUCUCUGUGAUGUCAAGACUGAUGAUGGCUUCAACUCUGGAAGAUGUUACCUUAACGUCUCUGCAGCUGCUGAUGUCUCAGAACCUCAGAGACCGACUGUGGAUCCAGAACCAGAAGGUCCAGGAAGGAUGGGCCUCUAUGUUUCUCUGGUUCUGACAGCAGCAGCAGCUCUGAUGGUCAAACUGCUCCUAAUUUACUGUUUCAAAGCUUCAAACUCAGGCGUUUAACAGAACCCUGAAGGUUCUGAAGCUGCUGUAGGACCGAUGUCCUCACAUUGGAGUCUUAAUUUCUUUGGUGGACAGAGGGUCUCAUGGUGGACAGAAAGACAGCAAGGAGUCCAGGUCCAGUUGCUGCAAACCAAGCCCACAUCAUGACGUCUCCAUCUCCAUGCUGACAGCUGCUGUUGGUUCUUAUUUGGUGUGUUUGGUUCUCUCUUCAUUCUGACCAAACAUCUGGACUUUGGGUCCAUCUUUGUUCCAGAAGUCUGUUGGUUCUGAUCCAACUGAGCAGACCGACGUGUUUCUGCCUUCAGUGUUUUAGAGAGAAGAGAUUUUCUCCUCCAGCUCCUCAGAACCAGCCUUACUUAAAACCAUUAAAACCAGUAAUCUGCCAAAGUGCUGCUUUUCCACAGGUUCUCCCUCUGAUGAUGAUCAGUUCAAUCAGUCAUUUCAUUAUGACCUCCUGACUGUGACCCAUUCAGACCAGAUGAAGGACUUUUUCACUCAAUGCUUCUGCACUUUGGCCUAAAUUCUGUUCAGUAAAAUCAGUUGGUGAAACUUUUACUAUAA